UAUGUAUGGAACUAAUGUAACUAUAAACGGUUAAAAUGCGCUUGUUGUUCAUUAAUAAAUUAAAAUUGUAAAUUCUGGCUGUGGUGUUAAAAAAGGAAUGUAGGUGGUAACAGCAUCACACCACCCCAGGAUGGAUUAUUUUCCUAAAACAGCACGUCCCAAAGUGUGUUUUUCCUCUUACACCACAGCAAUUUGUGAGGCCCUGUUGUGUUCUAUUCCUAACCUAAUCAAUGACAGUUUUUUUAAAAACUUAAAAUGCAUUUGAUGCGAUGACCAUACAUGAAAUCUUAGUGCUUUAUUUACACGUGAUCCGGAUCUAAGUUUAUAAUCAGUUCAAAAAUGCAACAGUCAGAUACUAAUACUGCAGAUACUGCGUUAACAUAUUGUUAUAUCCACGUGUGUUGUGUUGUGUAUCUGUGCUGUCUCUCCAUUUUGGGUUUUCCAGAGGUCCAGCCCGUUGCAGUUCACGCCCAUGAUCCAGUCCACACCAUUCCAGAUUUCCCUAUGCCUUCUUACUCCUCGUGACAUCAUCACUGCAUGGGUGUAGCAGUCUCCAUGGCGACGAGCGCUGUGCCCGGGGACAACCUGCCCACUUAUAAGCUGGUAGUAGUGGGUGACGGAGGUGUGGGUAAGAGCGCCCUCACCAUCCAGUUCUUUCAGAAGAUCUUCGUGCCUGAUUACGACCCGACCAUCGAGGACUCCUACCUCAAACACACCGAGAUCGAUGGACAGUGGGCCAUACUGGACGUUCUGGACACGGCAGGACAGGAGGAGUUCAGUGCUAUGAGAGAGCAGUAUAUGAGGACUGGAGACGGUUUCCUCAUAGUGUUUUCAGUGACAGACAAGGCCAGCUUUGAGCAUGUGGACCGUUUCCAUCAGCUCAUCCUGAGAGUGAAAGACAGGGAGUCCUUCCCGAUGGUCCUCGUUGCUAAUAAAGUCGACCUGGUGCAUUUGCGCAAAAUCACAAGCGAACAGGGGAAGGAGAUGGCGAUGAAACACAGCAUUACAUAUAUUGAAACAAGUGCGAAGGAUCCACCCAUGAAUGUUGAUAAAGCAUUUCAUGAGCUCGUGAGAGUGAUUCGGCAGCAGGUUCCAGAGAGGGCCCAGAAGAAGAAAAAAACAAAAUGGCGGGCGGACAGGCCAACCGGAUCAGCCAGGCUUCACUGUGUCCUACUAUGACUGUUUGUUUCUCUCUGGGCACGUCAACCACGCGAUGAUGGCUUGGACUGUUAACACACACACACACACACACACCACAGAGCUCCUUAAAUGUAAUACUACUGCACACAGUGUUUUCACUUCAAUCCAGCCAAUUCAGGAGACAAAUCUUGCCAUCCAGUGUUAAUAAUAUGUGUUAUUAAAAAUGUGUAGUAGAAAUCCAUUGCUCCAUUUAAGCCCAAUCUCCUAAACUGGGUGUUGACUCCCUGGAAAUUGAAAUAAGUCCAGGAAUUAAGCGCUGUUUCACUCAGAGAACAAUUCAAAGACAUCCCUAACGAGGCCUUGUUUUUGUAUCUUUAUGUUUGUCCCAUUAUUGUAAAAUAAUCCUUUCACAGCACAAGGAUUUGCUAGCUAGAAUGUCAGAUUUUUACUGCUCCAUGAGGAAACAAAGGCCUUCAAGUGAAAGAGAUGGUGGAUGAACUUUUAUAAAUACAGAGACGGAAUAAACCAUCUAUUCUGUAAGUGCCACUAAAUGCAGAAGCCAUUGCUCAAAGCCAUCUUGCUAAUUUCACACCAAAACACACUAAUCAUGUUGCUGGAGUCAGAAACUGCUAGUGUUUAUGGGUCUGUAAAUGAAGUCAGUAAACCUAUGUGCAUGAUUAAGAACCAUACAAGGAGUAUCAGGUAAUUAGCAAAUGUAUUGGUUAAUACGUUGCGAUUUUAUGUGGCACUUUGUUUAGGUGGCAGUAGGGAGCAUUGCUGCCUCACAGCUCCAGGGUCCCCUGGUUCGAUCCUGAGCGUUUGGAGUUUCUCAUGUUCUCCCCAAGUUCUCUGGGUCCUCCAGGUUUCGUCCCACCGUCCGAAACCAUGCAGGUAGACAGACUGGCUAUGAAUUUAUUCCCGCCUCACGCCCAGUGUUCCUGGGAAAGGAACCCUGGCAACCCUGACCAGGAUAAAGUGUUUACUGCAGAUGAAUGAAUGAAUAAUGCCAGGCUAUGAAUAAACCAAAUGACCUUCAAAAAGCUUACAAGCAAUGGAUUAAAUUGUAAUUUGUAGUGCCAGGUAGCCACUUGCACCACUGGUCAAUCACUGGAUUUUGGUUCAAAUCAACCCGAAAGUUGUUACAUUAGCACAAAGAUGGAGUUUGUAUAAAUCGAUGAUUGCAGAACUGUAUUGCAAAACCAACACUUUUAAGACAUCAGACUUCUUUUGGUUUAUUGGCUUAAAAACGUAUCGAGCAUGUUUAGUGAUUUCUUGAUGUAAUAUUACAUGUCUGACAGAAGAAGCCCAGAUGAAUGUUUGCUAACUUCUUGAAUGUUACCGAAGAAUCAGAUCAGUGUAACACAUACACUUGUCUUUGCACAAACUGUUUCAUGUAACAGUACAGCGUAAUAGUACUGUUACAUUUUCCAUUUUUGGAGAACGAUCCACUGACCAGGAAUCGUUGAACUUUUUUUCUUCUGCUCAUCUCAAACGCACUGUUGCUUUAUUGGAAAAAAAAAAAAAAAAAAAAGCUUUUGCUUGUAAACUUGUGAAAGAAUUGUCUCUUGUAUUGGCUUUGGGGGGGGGAAAAAACAGCUUUUUAAGGUGUUUGAAUGUAAAGCUUAUCAAUUGUGCUGUUAAUGUUCAGCCAAAUAAGCAUAUCAUUGCAGUGGCCAUUUUCUUUGUGAAGUUGUAAUGUUGUACGUAAUGUUAGUGUGUACCGUUUGUCAUACAUUUUGCACCAGGGAGGUACUUUAUCUUAUUGAUAUGUGAUUUUUACCAAUUUUGGAAGUUUGUGGACUGAAUGUCGAUACGCUGUAUUUGCAAUUUCAGUAGAAACCUAGAGCAAGAAAUGUGCUAGCAAUCAUUUUGCUACUGUUUUUCUACUUACUAUUAUUAUUAUUAUUAUUAUUAUUAUUAUUAUUAUUAUUAUUAUUCAUGUUAUGUUAAAGUAUUUGUGUGAUGAGCUAUAAGUGGACUAUAAAAGAAGGGAAUUUUUGCAAGAAGCAUUGUAAGAAUUUCUAAUCUCAAGAAUUAAAAAAAAGGUCUUGUGACAAGUCAUGGCCUUUUAUAUCGGA